GUCCAAUGUACGAGACACUUGAAGUGACGCGUUAGAUGCAGUUGGACGCCAACACCAGUGUUUGUUAUAAGGCUGGACAUAUAUUCUCUACUCUUAGAAAUUGUGACCUCUCUUCUCAUCGUCAUCAUCAUGGCUGGAAUCUUCAGAGAAUUGUUAUCAGCAUCACAAACAUUGUCGGAGAACGAGAGUGCCACAAGCACCGAAGAACUACGCGGAAAUGAGGAGCAUAUUACGACCGAUGCUCAUCCGGAAUUGCAGCCAACAGUAGCGCACGUAACGAGGGCAUUGGAUACACCUGAGGAUAAUGACACACAUGUCACCGCAUCUCCUGACGCCUCGCUGUCUGAGCCAACUAGCACUGUCAUGAUGGAUGCUGCCACUGAGAUGAAACCUGAACUAGCCUACCGUACAGAAGACGUCUGUGGAAAGAAGUACUCAUACCACGCACCUCCAGAAUCGCAUGGAAGUCGCGUGAAGGAGUAUGCUGUGCUCCACACCAGGCCCAUACAUGAGAGGUACGCGUCGUUCUCAAGCAGAAAAUCAUCGUUCGACCUUUAUCCUGCAACUGCGAAGGGAAACACAGAAAAAAUGGCAAAAGCUGGAUUCUUCUACACUGGUGCUCAAGAUCGCACAACCUGCUUUCAGUGCGGCAACGCCUUUUGCAGUUGGAGCGAUGAGGACGAUCCAUUAUCUGAACACGCCAGGUGGUACAGAGACUGUCCUUACGUCAUUCUGCAGCUUGGUGAUGAGGUUAUCGAGAACAUUAGACGGGAACACAGCAAUACACUGGCAGAGGUAAUUUACCCUCCGCCAGCGAUAAAGCUGCCCAAUCUAGAGGAAUCUAGUGAGUCAAGCGCUUGUACAACCGGAGCGGGUGCCGUGCUAAUAGCAUAGGGCGCAAAUUGCACGUAGUAGCUGAGUUGGGGCAGGUUGCAUUGGGGUGUUUGUUUACAGCCUUCUGUUCCUGUAUUUGGUGGACAUUUCCCCCUGCAAGCGCUUCUCCUUCACUGUGCAUACUGAACAUCCUAAGUUGUUUUGAUCUAAAUUUGCUAAAUAUUUUUCGAAUGAUUUACUUCGUUGUACACUGCACCUUCCCGUUGUUGUUUUGUCGUACGCAUUUUCUGCAUGCUUUCCUGCUGUUCCGUUCCUGGUGGUUUUGUUAUAAAGAUCUCACUGAAUGCUUUGCGGUUGGAACAACAACAACUUUAUUUUGUCUCUGAAGAGUGGGGAGGUUCAUCGCCAGAGGGGAUACUCUACCCCAUUGCUGGUGGGGAUGCAGGGAAUAAAAUAACGAGCCCCUUCACAAUAACGACCGAAGUCCGAUGGUGUCCAGAAAUGUCAAAAGAGCUUUGAGCGCAGAUCGUUGCUGGGCUUGAUUGGACCAGGGACCAAGCAAUUUCGGUAGAGAGAAGGGGCGGGAGUCCAGCUGACGAAGAGACCCGGAGGGUGUGGUUCGGUAAGGUUGGUAGUUGGGACAAUGAAGAAGAAUAUGCUCCAGAUCCUCAAGAGCACCACAGUAGCAGGAGGGAGAGACCACUUGUCUCAAGCGGUAACGCCAGCGAGCUGUAAAGGCCACAUCGAGACACGAGGGGUGUCACGAGGCGUCGCAGAAUGGAACUGCGGUCUCCUGUCAGCAGAACAGUACUGGUCCGUUUCCGAUACAAGAGUGGUGCUUCUGCGGCGCUGUCGGCCUGCUCGUUCCCCACGACACCACAAUGGGCUGGUACCCACUGGAGAACUAGCCUGUGGCCUGCAGCGUAGAUAGUGUGGUAAGCCAUUAACACAUCUGUGACUAGGGGUGCGGAGGGCCCUCGUAUGCCGGAAUUUUCAAUUGCUUGCAGUGCAGAUUUCGAGUCCGUAAAGACUGCCCAUUCCUGCGGUGUAAAAUCAGUGAUGUGUUGUAAAAAGAAAAGGAUGUCAUAGAGUUCCGCAGCUGUGGAGGAGGUUGGAUGUGAAAAACGUCCUCCGUGCACUACACCUUCGGAUGGUAUGACGAAUGCUGAGGCGGUUUUGUUGUUGCGGGAUGCGCCGUCGGUAUAUGUUGUCGUAAACGUAGAACACUUCUCAUAAGGGUUCCAUACGAUUCGUACGUGACAAGAAUACUAUACAUAUGGGGCCGUAUGACACACAUGAGGAUAGUAUGGGGGAGAUAAGAAUCACAUAUGACACAUAAUUCGAAACUUUGAUUCUGCCAGAUAGUUAUGGUUACAAUUAUUCCAAACUUAUUUUUGAAAUGGGCCACUUGCGUCACGCACUUACCUACUAAAAACUGAUUUGGGAACAAAAUUUCUCUCACUGCCCUGGAGGAAUAUGUAGAUAAAUAAACUCACUGCUACGUUCCUGUGUUAGGGUCUGAAGAGUAACGCACGGACGGGAACGGUGUACACGCUCCGAAGGAUACGUGAGGUGACACACAUGACUAUAGGUUAGGUCAGGUUGGAUGAUGUCCCUUUUUGCUGAGAACACAAUUAGUUAUACCCUAACAUACAUUUCUCCUGUUUUCUAACCUGUUCCCGUACUCGAAGCAUCGAUUCUUCAGGUAUUUACCUGGAGUACACGGGUAGCCUGCUCAAGAUUCUUGGGCAUCCUAGUGGUUCAUGGGAGUAUUGAGUCUUUCGACGAACAUAGAGGCCUAAAAUGGUCCUAUCAAGAUGCUAUUUGUUGUGACGGAUUCCACAUUCCUCCCCCUUCACGAGCACGCCUAAACGUUUUGUGAAAUCCGACAAAUGUAGCCGACAAAUGUGGAAAUUUUUGGCUUCCAUCAGCACAUAUACGACACAUUCGUAGCCGUCGAUUCCGACGAUGUUCAUUCCGAUGAUGUUCAUUUUUUGGGGACCUACUCUACGUGAAGUACCAAACGUGACAAAACUGACCGCAGCUCUCUAACUUUAGCGGUUCUCCAGUUACCGGUUUCCGUGUUUGCACUCCCCACAAUACAUGUGGCUGGCGGCCGCAUUUUCCUAAAACCGCCCCAGUACAGCUACAUAGUCGUGUGUAACGUAGUUUUGAAGGUCUCGACGUGCUCGUUUCAGUCGAGUUUGUCCUGUAUGCCCGCAAAGUUUCGUUCUCCAAGAUACGAUAUUGGAAUUGCAGUUUUUCAACGCCGGCGUGUCUGGGUGACGACGCGCGGAAACGCUUCGCGCUGUUCAGUGCUGUAACUUGCUUACCUAACGCAUGAUUUACCUGAAAUUUUGUGUGUGCAUCUCCGUACCCUGCACUACAAUCUUCCAAUUCGGACCUUCGUCAAUUUCCAGCUGUUAGGGAGUCAUUUAAGAAAUUCCUGACGCCGACCCCCGUUUCGCGACAUUUGUGCCAGUGUUUGGGUUCGAACCCCACGGCAGAUCCCAACCUCCCUCUGACGGGUUCACGUACUUAAAGCGGCCAAGGCUUAGGAACUUGCGACACCUUUUUAUCUCUCUCCACAUUUUCCUAAAACCGCUCUAGUUGCAGGUACAUACUCGUGCGUAACAUAGUUUCGAAGUUCUCGACGUGCUCUUUCCAAUCCCGUUUGUCCUGUAAGUGGGCUACAACGCACCUGACGUGGGAAAAUGAACACAUACAUUGCUGAGAUCUUGAAAGACAUAACGUAAGUUAACCCAUUUGAUACCAUUGUUCCCAUGUGGGAACAAAAACAUUACCUUCGUCUAAGCGAUCCCGCAACUUUAGUAACGGCGACAUAUACGUCCAAGUCAGCUUGCACUGUAGUCAAUAUAUCUACCCCAACAACACAUUGCACUCCUAUGGAUGUCCGAGAAAUAUCCGAGGACGGACAUUCGGACGUCCCAUGUACAUACGUCCGUUUUAUGUGUGUGAGAAGGGCUGAAUGAGACAGAAAAACAGCGCCAUUGUAGCGCCUAGGGAUGUCCCAUGUAGAUAUUGACGGAUCAAAAUGGGCAGUGCAGGGGACGUAUAUUGUUUUUUUCUUAUUUUUCUGUCGGAUUGUUUCGUAUGGCCAACUUAAUGUUGACAUUAUUUACACACUUCUGUACUUCUCCAGAAACACUUCAGACUCGUGCAUUGGUGACAUUGCUUUAUUAUGCAAAAAGAUGCACUGUGUAGAAAUCGGUUGUUUCCUCCAGUUGCUCAUUCUUUGUCGCUCCAAGUCUCGUGUCAACAGGUGUGGGGCGUCGAAACAACAUGCGAACAACCACUGGAAGCUUCCUCACACACAUUUGACAAAGUGUGACGAACCUUUCGUUGCUGCUUUUGGUAAAAACGUAGACCUGCGAUGAGUCAUUUUCAACCGGCGUUUACUUGAAAGUAGCGUGUUCACAUCUCUUCGUACCACAUUGGCGUCGACGCAGUGUACUACGUAACUCGCACGACAAUGUCCAAAUUUUACGUUCCAGUAGCUGACGUUCCCUUCGUGUCGUGCCUUGUAGUUACGACCAGAAUUUCUGUUACUAUGCGACCCUCAAACACACGCAGACGCAGCACAACAGCAAGGCAAACCCGCCAUAACACAGCAUUAAUGUAGGGAAGGAGCAGAGGAGCCGACGCUAACGCCAUCUAGGUGUUCAGAUUCAAAUUCCGCUGUCCGAGAUUUCUACCAGCGACGUUCUCUCAAAUUAAGCAUCCAUCACUAAAACCAACACUUUGUUUUGAAUUGUAAAUGACACAUUUGAGCUUCAGUUAUUACUACACCUAUACGGGCUGCACUUUUCUACUUUUUGUGCCAGACAUGCAUAAUAGAUCCUGUCUGGAGGUUCCCUCGCGCGCCAUAUCGCACACUGCAUGGGCAGCGCUUAGCGAUUUGGGCGGACCCGGCGCUUAAAACAACGUUCGCAGGAUGUACGCUAGGGACUGUGGACAUUUGGAUCUAUCAUGCACAUCCGACGCACGUUCGGUGUUGCUGGGGUAUACUCAAAAGUAUGACCCGAAAUCGCGCUUAGGUGUUUACGUCUUCAGUUGACAGGGAGAUGCUUCUGCCGCACUUACCAAACUUGCAAUUUUUGCCUGCAAUUGAGUUUCUGUCACAUGCUGCAGGUGCGUCGCCUUCCCGUUGUUUAUGUAACUGCCAGUGGUGAUUGCAGGAAGACAAAUAAACAUAUCUGUGUGGUUAUAAAAGUUCCCUAGCCAAAAUAUUACGAUGUCAGGCAAGAAUUCCCUCAUUUGUUGCCAUUUGGGAACAAUGGGUUCAAAUACAUACUUUUCCGUCCUGAACGGCUUGACGGGCUACGCUUCUGAAUCUCUGCAUAUAUCUUCAGUAAAGUUCUCGGACAUUAGUAGAAGCCUUGGAAGUGGUUGUAGGAAUCAGCGGGGACACGAGAAUAAUAGUGUUGGGCCAUGCACAACCAAAUGUGAGAGGAACGUGACCUAUGAAGACCAAGACGAAGAGGCCAGAGCACACACACUAUGCCAGGUGAUGUAGCAGGCACGUGGAAGGAAGAAGUGGAAAUUGCUGUGGGCUCUGGGUAGAGUACAGAGUACACGUCAUGAACCUCCAAUAAAGAGGAACAGCGGCAAAAUGGGUAAAACAGGAAGGUUGCACUAUCCUGGCAGGCGACGAGUCAGCCUGCAACAGUUUUCCCCACUUGGUGGCCUAUCGCCCUUUACGCUGCUGAAAACAUUUUUUUUUAAAUCAUGAGCUUAGCUGCCUUCUAGCGACAGAGUCUGAGAAAUGGGUUCGUGAAAAAUUAGCUUCGGGAUUCGAUGUGGUGUGUCCGGUCACCCUUGCUUGCGCUUGCACAGCAGAGAGUGCAAGACGGUACAGAUACAACGAAUUAUAGUUAGCCCGUACAGCUAAUAGUAAUAGCCCGUGGACAGCGGCAAUGCGACACAACUACCUCGCGCCAUUGCUCAAGCCAAUUAGUUCAACCGGUACUAUCGUCGUCCUAGCGUGAGGCUACGCACAUCUGCGCGCUGGGCUAGUUCGUUAUAGUUAGUCACGACCUCUUCUUAAGGUUGAGAGCUCAGCUUCAUGACUGUAAUGGAUUUUUCGGUAGGUUGUCAAUAACUACAGUCCUGUAUUUACUAGCAAGAAAUGGAGAGACAACUGCUCAGACACAUCCAGCAAAAAUCCCGCAUCGCAGCCUGGACACUUCACCUCGAUGUAGGAUGUCGGCCUAUGCAUGAUUAGCUACACUGCAUGAGACUUGUUGUGAAGUACUAUUCGCAGCUUGUGAUGGUCCGUUCAGAAGAAGAGGUCCACUUGGCGAAAUCUCUUCUCUACCAAGAGCAGGACAAGGGCAUUACUAGCCUCCGAAGGAAAAUACCGCGGCUGCAGACAGAGCUGAGAAGAAUGGAGGACCGAUAUACAAAGUCUGUCAAGUGCAUCUGUACAGUCAGUGCACAAAACUUUUCCAGGGGUGAGUCUUGCUGUUAGAAAGUUUUGAUGUUGCGAGAGCCUAUCGUUCCCACUUGGGAACAUUCCACAUCUGGCAACGGCUGCAUAUUUUGCCUUCCAAAUUUAUAUUUGCGUAUAUCUCCACAUAAUGAACGUUUCUUCAAAGACCCGUUGUUGUAGACUUAUUGGAAAGGAGGGCGGGCACUAAAGGGUUAAGAUACAGGUCGUUGGGAAAACAAUUUACUGAGUUGUGUUUACUGCGAAACAGUUAGGGUGUGCACUUCACCCAUGCAGCCCCAACAUCUGCUUCAUGGGAGUGCAAGCUUUUUACAACCGUGCCCUUUAAUGUAACAAGCCAAAUGAGCUGAGUAACAGAGAAAAGUUUCCUGGUUGUUUCUCCACUAUGGUCGUGUAAAGAUAUUCGCUUGACACACCUACAUUUUUCUGUGAUGCACCGCUGUACCGCUUUCAUAAUGUAUUCUCCCCUUUUUUGCCUAGCGUGUAGGUGGAUUUUGCCCACUAUCUGUCACUGGAUGCACCCUGUACAAUCUUUACUCCGCAUCGUCAUCCGACCGCUACCCCAGUAGCGACUACUUCAACGUGGUACCUUAUGCUCUGUGGGCCCAGUAUAAGCGGUCUCAUAAUUCCGCUGUGGCUGACACACACAUGGACCACAUGGGAAUUGUAUGGGACACGUUUAUACGGGAUUGUUGGAUAUGUAUGUUCUCGUAUGGUCCAUACGGGCCAUAUGAGCACCCCGGAUAGCCUAUAUAACCCAUAUGUCCAUAUGACACAUAUGCCCCAUGUCCAAUAAUGCCGUAUAUAUCCGUCCCGUAUAUAUUCGGUAUGUCUUUUUGUUUUGUUUUUUGUUUUUGAUGUGCGCGGACUAGCACAUCUUGCAAGACUUAAAAUCAAUAGUGUAUGAACAUGUCUUUGGUCACUCGGAGUCGAGCAACUCAAGAUGGGCGUAACCUUCAUCCAGUGUCACAUUUAUAAGCGGACGCUCUCAGGGACAAAUAAUACUGCCAUGAUUACGGUGGUAUGGAAAAAAAGUACGAAAUAAUAACUAAAAAUCAUCACGUUCUCAUCGUCGUGCUACGGUGGAGUAUAAUCAUGCGGUGAUGGCAUGAUGAUGGCGACUGGGACGAGGUAAGCGAGGGAUGCGCCCUCGAGAUCCGUCAUUGUGCCGUCUUUCCACACUUGGUAAUUGAUUUGGACUACUAAGAGCACAAAACGCCGCCUAAAGGCCCGCUACACAAUGCCACAGAGCACCCGGCAACAAACAUAAAUUGAAAGCAUGUUCUCCUGACUUCCUGUACUCGAAGAAGGGACAGCCGGGUGACGUUAUACCAAAACGGGAAAAACGCUCACGCAGCGGCACGACGUCAUGCGCUAAGCGCCACUGAAGACUGGCCCUACGGGUGUGCAGCCAGCCAGCAGUGGUCGUACGCCACGCUAUAUAGCGCUGAAUACGCAUCGAGUUCGGGGGUGGCCGAUUGAGCGCAAGAAGUGCCAUGUAAAGGCACCGCACAGGCCAUGAUGUUAUGUCAUCAUCAGGGAAAGAAGCUCGCAGGCUACGCAUUGCCACAACGUAUGCCUCCAGGUUGGGAGCCACGCACUCUGAGCGCGAGCGAGUGUGUGUCAGCUCAGGAAAAAAAAAAACGAAUGUCGGGAGCUAACAGAAAAGUUAGUAGACCCUGAGCAGGAUGCCGCUGCUCUAGGGGACCCUGAAAGAUCGCGCGCAGAACUAAGGCAAGGCACUUCACCUUGAAAUCGGGCACAGAUAGGCCGCCAUCUACGCGAGGCCGAUGCAUACGAUCUCUUCAUCCCCAUUCUACAGAACCGCCCCAGAUAAACUGAAACGCCGUACGUGUAGCGUGCCUCCAUGUCAAUGUCACCGUCAUUUUGACCAAGUCGGUUCGUCGUCACCCGAAAGAUAUACGUCGCUCGGGAACCAGCGACCAUCAUUUACAGCAGACUCUUCCCGAGGAAUCUUUUCGCCCCCUACUGUUACGCGUGCAUCACAGUUAUCAUGGUCACACUCAUCCUCACUUGAGUCGCUCGGAAGCGGCACAGAAGCUACGGAGGACAUCCCUACCUCCACCCCAUCUACUGUGUUAGGAGCGACAACAGCGGCAGGCUCCAAUGCAGCAGAAUCCGCGACCUCCGACACCACAUCCGCAGAAGGCGCACUCUGUGGUGGAGCAGUCCAAGCGCCACCGGUCUCCAACGCAUUUGGAAUGCCAACCACAAGGGACACCCAGGUUUUCACGGAGCACGACUUAGCAGCAUGGCCUCACCCAUACCUACGGCAGCGUUUCUCACAGCGCGCAUGGCCUACUUCCCCACACCUAGAGCACACAGACACCGUGCUGGACCUCUUAAAAUGUCCUGACAGCCCACACCUAAAGAAGUUCUACGCAUGCAUGGGAAGCGAAAUAUAAGUCGCCUACCCCAAACGCGGAUGAAGUUUGGCACCGGAGGCUUCACUUCCAUGAUCACACGGCGGUUCCCGGUCUCUAUGAAAUUGAGUUCCGGAUGGUCAUAUAUCUCGCGGACGAUGUCCUUUACUGUGCCAUACUGGCCCAGCGCAGAAACAAUGUGCGCGUUAUCCAUACCAACCGGUGCCUUACACACCCUAACUACGGUGAGGUUGGCUUCCAAAGAAACCAACGGAAUGGCAACACCAGUUACAUCUACAGAGGCCAAACCUUUAGGGUUGCAGCCCCUUGGAGAGACAUAGCCUUAAGCUCAAAAUCUGACUCAUUCUGGUGCUGAAAUUAUUGGAACCCCGCCACCAGGAGCCUUCUUCACCAGAGCGAAAAGGAAUUCCACGCGUGAUACUGCCAACGGCGGUGUUACAAGAAAAUCGAGUGGUCGGCUGGCCAUGGCACACACACACACACGCGCGCUAAAAGAAUGACACUAGCCCAUGAUCAGAAAUACACAAAGGAAAACACACACAGAUAUAUAGAUAUUUACAGAAAAUCAGUACAUCACUCACAGAAGCUCAGCUUCGUCGUUGUCGUACUAGAAUUCUCAAAAACAGAGAGUUUUAAAACUUCGCAUUGUCAACUGUAGGACGGGACAAGCGUAAGCUUGCCCACGUCACGCAUCAAAAAUAAAGCGCCACCUGCGACAAAGCAAGCAAAGAAACACAGAGUUAUAAAACGUUUUGUAUUGCCAACUGUAGGAUGGGACAAGCGUAAGCUUGCCCACAUCACGGUUCAAAAAUAGUACUGCAGAGUUAUAAAACGUUUUAAAACCAGAGAGUGCAUCAGCAUCAAAUGGCAUCGUUUGCAACCAACAUCGAAACUGUUACCGUGGCGAUCACCGCAAACGCGAACUUCGAACCUGGCGACUGCUGCAUACCAUCAGUGCCAGUUAUCCAACUUUGCUGGUGUGGUGGACGCAUUUAGAAUAACAAUGUUCGCAGCAGCGAUGCCACUGCUGCUCCCCUAGUAGUAUCCGAUGACGACGACGCCGGAGUUAACUGGUGCUGAUGGCCUCCUUUUGUGAAACAUUGUAUCGAGCCAGAAAGGCUCCCUUUGCCCUAACGAUGUUAAUCAAACUGUUGGGAAGAUCAGAUGCAAAUGACAUAAAUUACCAAUGGCAGUAAUUUGGGAUAAUCAUGGAGCUAUUUUAAGCCUGGAGAGCGUCAGCAUAUUUUUAAGAAAAUUAUUUUUCAGAAGAAAUCUACUCGGAAAGGUCCAAGAAGGAUCGGAAAAGGAAACCCCGGAAACAUGCAUAUUUGCUUAAAAAAAUAAGAAGGCCGACCUCAGGGGCCGGCUUGCUGUGGCAUCUCAAACAUUCUUCAAACCAGAACGCCAAACAACGGAAUUAACAGUAAUUUUUAGCUGGAACUCAACCGGAACUGAACCGUAAUUAACCUAUAUAAAGCCCAUAUAAACUUCCCUGAACCCAUACUGAACCCAUAUAAAAACUUCGGUUAUCGGUUCGCGAUACCGGUUCGGUUCGGGUUGGUCUGUGGUGGUGGUGGGGGGGGGGCGUGAUGUGGGGAUUAACUAAGCUAUCUUGCAUCAUUUUUAGUGGCUACCUAUAAUGUUGUAGCAUAUUAGGACCUCAAACCUGUUCCGAACCAGUUUACACCUUCUGAACCGGUUUGAAGUACCCGAAAAGUACGUCGAGCUCCCUUUCACCCGGAAGACUAUGGGAAAUUUCCCUCUUUGGGUUGGUGCAAAGAAGCUCGAGCCUGUCCGUUCCCAUCGCUUCCUUGGUGUGGUCAUGGACUCGGACCUGCGCUGGGCUCGCCACAUUAAUCGCCUUGAAACCAAGGUGCAGCAAUGGCACCCUGCUACUGAACAUCUUUCUGGCUUAGGAUGGGGCUGUGAUCAGCGCUCCCUUCUAGCCGUUCACGCGACUUUGGUGAGGGCGACUGUGUCUUACAGCCCUCCAAUCUUGCAGAGGAUAUCCACCACGUCAUUAAAUACCCUUCGGACCCUGUUUGCACGAAGCCUUCGCCGCUGCCUUCCAGUUCCAAGAGUGGCUGAAACACGACAAGUCCUGGCUGAAGCUGGUGAACUCCCGGUGGAGGUCCUUCAUGAGCGUCAAACGGAUUGACAUUACCUACGUUUGCGUGCGCACAUUCCCCGUCACCCACUCCUCGGGAGGCUCUCACUGGCUUCAUAGCUAAGGACGUCACAGCGUCAGAUGCUACCUAGUCUCUGCCUGUGCCACCCACCUUCAUACGUCUUCCGGACCACCAGGAACGAAGAGGUCAGGUCCCUCCUCAAGUCCUUCGAGCCCAUGCUCUAGUAGAUGCCAAGUGCUCUACCUCUGCAGCAGCGUACACCGAUGGCAUAUCUCAAAAUGGGAAGUCCGCCUCGGCAUUCAUCAUCCCAUCCGAAGGCGUAGUGGAAGGACGUCGUCUUUCGCAUCAGACCUCAUCCACCGCAGCAGAACUCUAUGCCAUACUUUUCUUCCAGCAGCACAUCGUUGAUUUUAUCCCAUAGGGAUGGGUCGUGUGUUCAAAAAAAGACAAAGAGACCAGUUCGACACUUACUCAUAACUUUUACCUCGUCAGGCUAGCUAUAGUCAGCAUAUAGUGUAGCAAUGGAACCCCCAGAACUAACUACCAAUCGUAGAGUUCCACGCGUUAUAAAGUACACACACUUUCCCUUCAUCAUUCUCGUCUUCUACGAAUGCGAUAAAAAAAAAGAAAGACGAAAUUAAUCCGCAACAUCGUGUCCACUGACUCUACAUCUGCGCUGCAAGCAAUUGACAAUUCUGGCAUACGAGCGUCAUCCGCACCGUUGGUGAUGGAUGUGUUAAUGGCGUAUAACCUUGUCUACGAAGCAUGGCACACGCUGGUUUUCCAAUGGGUUCCAGCCCAUUGCGGUCUGGAACUGAAUGAACAGGCCGACAGCGCGCAGAACCAGCUUUCUCGUCUCGGAGACGGACGCGUAUUGCGCUGCUGAGGGGAGAUUGUCAUUCCGUACUUUGACGCGACUCCACUGGCUUCCCGCUAAUGGACAGCUGACAUUCUAGCCCGAGCCAUGCUGAGCAGAGUUGAUCCAGCGCUCGCUUUCCGAAUGCCUCGACAUACCUCUCGUCAAAAUGCAGCAUUAAUUCGUCAAAUGCGCCUCGAUGUGGCUAUUACAGCGCAGUGGCCUCACCGCUUCAGACAAGUUGACUUUCCCCAAUGCUGUCAGUGCGGUGAUGUUGAAGAUCUAGAGCACAUUCUUCUCCAUUGCCCACACUACCAACCUUCCCGAACCGUACUCUCCGGAUCUCUUAGUGUGCUGGGCUCUCGCCCCCUCUCUCUCUCUCUCACAAAAUUGCUUGGUCCCUGGCCACAUCCAGAUCACCAAGGCUCUGCCCUCAAAGCUCUCUUCACCUUUCUGGAUGCUAUACGACUUUGAUCCAUAUUGUAAAGGGGCUCAUUAUUUUCAUUCACGCGUCACUACCAGUACCGCCUCUGGCGAUGAAACACCUCAUUCAUCAUCCUAUAAUAAAGUUGUUGUUGUUGUUGUUCGAACCCAUAUAUGUUACCUCCGGAGCUGAACCGGAAUCGAACCUUUAUGGUCGAACCCGAACCCGAAACAAACCGAAAAACGUUUCGGUUCGACGCUCUGCUUCAAGCACAUGCACAGGGACUCUCGCACAGCGACUAAGGCUUCGCCUCCGCCGCCCCCGUGCAUUAUGCGGUGGCGACGACGCUUGAGUUUCGAAAAGUGAAAUACCAAUGUUGAUUAUAGCGAUAUGACGGGUGUUCAAUCUGUAUUGUGCCAGAAUAUGAACUAUCGUCGUGGAAAUAUGUUGGGAUGCCUGCGGCUUUCGGUAUACGGCGUCUGAUUGUGCAUGUCUUCACGAAUCUUAUUGUAACAGGAGCUACAUCUACAUCUUUCAAAUUGCUAUUAGCGUCGGAGUGGAAAUAAUGAGUGAGGCAGAAACAGCGGCAGCUACUUAUGUCCAGUGUUUUAGACAGUAUCUGAGUAAGAGUUGUCAGUUUGUGGGUUCGAGCCUCAGAACUCAGUAGUGUGUUGGUUGAGUAACAUGGUAACAAACAGGAAACAUGAACGGACUGAGGACGCGUCUUCUCUCCGUCCGUGUUGAGUCGCGUUUGUUACCAUGAGCCUCAGAGCAAUUGCUUUCCACUGCGUAAGAGUGUUUGAGUAAUGUCAUUAACAUUACUCAACAGACCCAAAAAGUAUCCCGUUACAACUAGAUACUUUUUUUUGUCUGUUGAGUAAUAUCAAUGACAUCUUCGUAUGUGUUCUUGCAUCUCAUGGUAUUCCAUACAGUGUAUGAUUUUAGACGGUUAAGUGGAAGUGUUCUGUGAUUCAUUUGAUUUUUACAAAUGAUUGAGGAAAGUGCAAAAAGAUUGGGUGCCGUUUCCGCGCUAGCUGUCACUGUAUCAGUGUAUUCGUAACUCUGGGGUAUGUCUAACAAACUCUGACAUUUUUGAACUCGUUUAUCUGUAAUUGUAACUCAAAUAAUUUUUAAAAUGAGCUUUAACGGU